GGGAAAGAUUUUAUUUUUCUGGGUAUUUAAGAAAGUAGAGUGAGAAUUCUGGAAAGUAGGUUGUGGUUGGUUGAUCAGGCGAUCGGAGAGACGUGGAGUUGAAGAUAUUUCUCACGGGAAUCGGAAGGCUUAUGUUUAUUAUAUCAGUUGUUGAAUGAGAAUUAUUGGGGUUUGAUCAUCUUUGCUGGGACGGUUUAGAGAAUCGAUGGGGAGAUCGUUCAAGGAUUCACUCAAGUCUCUGGAAGCUGAUAUUCAGCUCGCCAACACUAUGAUGCACUCAGGCUUGGACAGAAAGCUCUAGAAGGCUUGGACGACCAUUUUAGCUGGAAUCGGGGGUGUAGCUAAAGUGCUAAUCUGCUAAAGAAUGGCCAACCGGGCUUGGGUCUACCCCUGUCUCGCAAAAAUAAGAAUUCAGAUGUAAUAUAUACAUAUUUUGUGUAAAAUUUUAUAUGAGUGAUUUUUGAGGUACUGGCAAUGCUACUGGCUGGAAUAGAUAGUACGGUAAUGAUUUGCUAGUUCUUUUGGUCCACUAGAUAGGUGCUGAGAUGCUUUGGUGAAAAGAAGAGGAUUAUGUGUAUGUCCUUGAGUAGAUUGGCUUAUCAUAAAAUCCAGAGUUGUAACAAAAUUGAGCUUCAAUGUAAUAUGAGAUUUUCAUUUCUUGACAAUAUAAAAUAGCAGUAACCAUUAGUAUAGAGUAAGGAUAGACAAACAUUUAUUUUACACAUUAUUUAGCUACAUUCUUAUCUAGUUAUGUGGCAUGAAUGUAUUGUGUAAUGAAAAGUAAACUAACAUUUGGUUACCUAAUCAAUGCUUGCCACGCAAGAAUGUAUCUAGAAACUCUACAAAGAUAUCUUUGUUGUUAGUAUACAGCUUGUUUGGUGCUAUAAAUAUUUAUUGUUAGUAUACAGCGUGUUUGGCGCUAUAAGAACGUAUGUACAUUUAGUAUACAUCUAUCAUGGGAAAAAGAACACUUUCUAGGGUAAAUAGGAACUCGAUCUCGAGGAGGUAAUUUGGUGUUAUAUAUUCUACUAUCAGCUUUAUUUGUUUUGCGAAAUAAUUUUCUCAUUUCCUUCUUUGCAUCAGGGCAUUAGGCUAUGGCAGAGAAAUAGAUGGAGCUUGCAUCCAAAUGAGACUGUCAUACAGCCCAGCUGCACAGUUCUGCCUUUUUUUCAUCCAGUGGUUUGAUUGUAAGGUUGCUGGUGCACUUGGCCUGCUUCAAGUUCUUGUGUAUAUGGCGUAUGCUGAUGGCAAAACCUCCAUGUAUAUCAAAGAAAGGAGAGCAAGCAUAAGGGACUUUUAUGAAAUCAUUUUCCCCUCAUUGCAAAUCCUAAGAGGGAUUACUGAUUUUGAAGAAAUCAAGCAGAAAGAAAUAUGUUCCCUCCGGUACUCAAGCAAAGGGAAGCUUUCCGAGGUUGAAUUAGAGAGAGAAGCAGAAUGUGGGAUCUGUUUGGAACCCAAUAGCAAAGUUGUGUUGCCAGAUUGCAGGCAUUCCUUAUGUUUAAGCUGCUACCAGGACUGGCGUAGCAGGUCUCAGUCAUGCCCUUUCUGUAGAAGCAGUCUUAGACGAGUAAGUUCAGGUGACCUUUGGGUAUGUGUGGAGAAAAGUGAAGCUGUUGAAUUACCUCUAAUUCUGAAAGAGGACUGGCAGAGGCUGUAUAGGUACAUCGAGAAGUUACCUGUCAUCAUUCCAGAACCUCAGUUCGCUCCCUAUCGCCCUCACAUUCGAUGAGGGGCUGCCCUAUAUCUGUAAAUAGUUUCAUGAUGUAAACCAGUUUUAACAGCCUUCAUUCUCAUGAACAAUGAAUGAUAAGCUGGUGCUUUUAUGCUUCUAGAAUGGGGUGGCUUAGUUAGAAUUACAGCUGCUGAAGCCUGAAGCUAAGUUAGGCAUUAUUGACCUGUGCUGGGUUGAUAUGCUGCUGUUGAGAUGUUCUGGUUUUUGUGAUCAUUUCACGUACUAUGGUGUUCUGUUUGUUUCAGAACAUAAUUGUAUAUAAAUGAAUUAUAAAUUAGUAGGUUUUCUAUACUUUGAUUUUAGGAACUUGGAUGAUUCAUGGAUUAGUAUACCUAGGAGGCUACCUCAUUUUGGCCAGAAAAGUUAAGAACCUCAACGGGAAGUUGAGUAGGAUCGGUUGUUCAAGUUCUUCCAGAUUUCACUGUGGUUUGGGUUUGGCUCGGAAUAACCAAUUCUUGUGUACAUUACUGUGUUAUUUGUAAUCAUGAAAAGUGUUUUUUUAAAGGGAGACUUAUAUUGAUAAUAAAACAUUCAAC